AUGCGCACGAUUGACCUUGACCCACCGUCGAUCGUGCUUUGCACUAAUAGUAGCACGUACACGCUCCACGUGCAUGACGCGGCCGCGUCGUGGUCCAUUGACCGUGGCUUUAGUGACUUUGUCGUCCUCCGUACGUGCUUGCUGCGGCUACUCGAUGCCCAGGACGCGCUUGUCGGUAUGCAUUUGCGCGCCCUGCGUUUCCCACGCAAGCUCUUUCACCGCUGGCCACGCCAAUGGCCAAAGCUCUUGGCGUUUGUUCGCGCCGCGAACGCUCUCUGCGGCCAUGUCCCAACAGCGAUUGCCGUCCUCGAUGACUUUCUUGGCGCCGACUGUAUCUGCGCGCCGGCGCCCAAGGCCGCAGCUGCGACGCUGGUCCUCGCGCGCUCGAGGCUUUUGUCGCUCUCGGAGCUGUGCGCCUCGUCAUCGGACGAUGAGGAAAUCAUUGACGACAUUGCGUUUGAGCUCGGGCUCUGGGGUUUGACGACGGCCGAUGUGUGCUUGGUGCUCGACGUGCUGUUGCGGACGAUCGCCAAGGCACGGCUGGGCAUUGAAGGCGCCUACGUGCUUACCGGUGGCGCGUUUCAACUGGACACGACUGCGUUUGUCCGUCGUGUACUGUCGCUCACGGACGAGGCUGCCGUGCAGGCGCUUUUUGUGGACGACGGUGUGCCCGACUGCCUCGUUCGGCUGGCGCACCGGGUGUGGUGCUCUGGGUCGUAAAAGCAACACAAAGACACACGUUCAAAUGGCGUACACUUGGCGAAUAAAUGAGACAGGACCAACGACUAAACCUACAGAAACGAUCUACUUACUAUAAAC